AUGUACAAGCUCGCCGGUCUGAUCGAGAGCCACGCCGAAACCCUCGCCAGCAUCGAGACCUGGGAUAACGGGAAACCGUAUUCGGUGGCUUUGAACGACGAUCUGGCGGAGGUGGUGUUAUGUUUCCGGUACUACGCCGGCUGGGCCGACAAGAUCCAUGGCCAGACCAUCUCGACCACGCCGCAGAAACUCGCGUAUACGCUCCGUCAGCCCAUCGGCGUGUGUGGGCAGAUCAUCCCCUGGAACUACCCGUUGGCGAUGGCGGCGUGGAAACUGGGACCCGCGCUGGCGUGUGGGAAUACGGUGGUCAUCAAGGCAGCGGAGCAGACGCCGCUCUCGAUUCUGUAUCUGGCGAGUUUGAUCAAGGAGGCGGGUUUCCCGGCUGGUGUGGUCAAUGUGCUGAAUGGGUAUGGGAAGGAGGCCGGGGCGGCGAUUGCAAGUCAUAUGGAUGUGGACAAGAUUGCAUUUACCGGGUCGACGGCGACGGGGAAACAGAUCAUGAAGAUGGCGGCGGUGAACAUGAAGAACAUCACGCUGGAGACAGGCGGGAAGAGUCCGCUGAUAGUGUUUGAGGAUGCGGAUCUGGAGCAGGCGGCGAAGUGGGCGCAUAUUGGCAUAAUGUCGAACCAAGGCCAGAUCUGCACCGCGACCAGCCGCCUCCUCGUCCAGGCUCCCAUCUACCAGGCCUUCAUCUCCAAAUUCCACGCCGCCAUCUCCAGCACCAGCAAAGUGGGCGACCCCUUCUCGGAGAGCACCUUCCAAGGCCCGCAAGUCACCCGCGCCCAGUACGAGCGCGUGCUGUCGUACAUCGAGUCCGGGCGAUCCGAGGGCGCCACCCUCACCACGGGCGGCCACCCACAGAAAGACGUCGGCUCCGGAAAGGGCUUCUUCAUCGAGCCGACCGUCUUCACCGACGUGCGACCGGAGAUGAAGAUCUACCGCGAAGAGGUCUUUGGGCCGUUCGUGGUGGUGGCCAAGUUCGAAACCGAGGACGAGGCGCUCCGCAUGGCCAACGACACCACCUACGGCCUGGGCAGUGCGGUCUUCACGCGCGAUGUGGAGCGCGCGCAUCGCGUCGCCGCGCGCAUCGAGGCCGGCAUGGUGUGGGUCAACAGCAGCAAUGACUCGGAUAUCCGCGUGCCCUUUGGCGGCGUCAAGCAGAGUGGGGUGGGCCGCGAGCUAGGCGAGGCCGGGCUGGAGGCCUACUGUCAGACGAAGGCGGUGCAUGUUAAUAUGGGGACGAGAUUGUGA